AUGGCUGUUGACCCUCUCUCACAAGAUGAGCUGAAUGAAAUAUAUACCUUUGCGGUGGACCUCGGCCGCAAAGCUGGAAAGAUACUGAUGGACCGUAUCGAGAUGCGGAUCUCUAGAAGCGAGGCUCAAUCGCAGAAAUUUGAGGAAAAGGAGAAUGCCGUUGAUAUCGUGACUCAGACCGAUGAGGAUGUUGAACUAUUUAUCCGGACAGCUCUUCAGACUAAAUAUCCCAAGCACAAGUUCGUCGUCUUCUUACCCCGCACUUCGUACAACCAAGUUAACCUCCACCCCAGAUUUCUCGGCGAGGAAAGCUAUGCCAAAGGCCAGUCGCGCGAUUACCUUAUUGACGAACAUCCGACAUGGUGUGUCGAUCCACUAGAUGGAACCGUCAACUACACCCACAUCUUCCCCAUGUUCUGCGUCUCAAUCGCCCUCAUCGUCCAACACCGCCCCGUAAUCGGAGUCAUCUACCAGCCCUUCACAAACCAACUCUUCUCCUCCUGCACCGGCCGUGGUGCCUGGCUCAACGAGACACGCCGGCUGCCACUCAUCCAAAACCCGUCUAUCCCACCCAUGCCAGCUAAUGCACCGUCACAAUGUAUCUUCUCUUGUGAAUGGGGCAAGGACCGCCGUGAUAUACCGGACGGAAAUAUGCAUCGUAAGAUCGAGAGCUUUGUGAACAUGGCUGCGGAGUUGGGCUCGCGUAAUGGGAAGGGUGGUAUGGUGCAUGGUAUGCGCAGCUUGGGUAGUGCUACCCUUGAUUUGGCAUACGUAGCUAUGGGAUCAUUUGAUAUUUGGUGGGAAGGCGGCUGUUGGGAGUGGGAUGUUGCGGCUGGAUUUGCGAUUCUUCUUGAAGCUGGUGGGUUGAUCACUACUGCUAACCCACCUGAGAAUGUGGACACUGCUCCUAUUGAAGAAGUGCGCAUGGGAAGCCGGUUGUAUCUCGCUAUCAGACCUGCUGGCCCCUCAGACACUGAAACUGGCCGCGAGUCACAGGAACGUACAGUGCGGGAAGUUUGGCGGCGGGUCCGUCACCUUGAAUAUACACGCCCUGGGGCUUAA